AUGUCAUCACCAAGAAGAACCAGGACUCCUAAAAAGGCUGAACCAAAAUCAAGCCCAGCACCUGUAACAAGAGUUAGGAAUGUAACAAGUCCAUUAAGGACAAUUAAUGAAACAGACAAUAUUUCCUCAGAUUUUUUAAAAGAGAUAUACUUUCCAAAUAAUGACUUUGUUAAAGGAGUUAUCACAAGGAAGAAGGUAACCAAAAUAAACGGAAUUAGACAUUAUUUUUAUUACACUCAGGAAAACGAAGAAAAUAUGAUCGCAAAAGCAAAAACAUUCUCCGCAAAAACAAUUCCGAUUACAGCAGGUAACGAAAUACAUUUAAGCUCUCCUUCUUUUAUUGCCGAACUCAACAUGUUAUACGAAAAUUCUCAUUUUUCUCUUAUUACAAGAGAAUCGAACCCAGAUUCAGUCAUGGACAUUGAUUUUCAUUUGCCACGCCAGGCAUCCGAUGGAGACAGAAAAAUGAAAGUAUUUUUCUUGUUUGAACCAAAUUACCCUUCACCAUUAGUCAAUACAUCAAUAAAUGAUGAACCUGCUUUUGGGGAUGUUCAGCGUCAAAUAUCAAUUAAAAAUUGCAUACUCAAAAAUCAAGAUAAUGAACAACAACUUAUUAUCAUUAGAAAGACAAGAAAAGAUACAAUUGAAAUCACAUCAAAGUUAAAUAUACUCCCUGUAUGCAUAUUUGCAUUAGGAAUUGCUUCAUUUCUUGGAAAGAAACCACAUUCUUCUUUCUAA